AUAGAGGGUUUGGGAAGGAGAUUGAAUAUCCUUCCGCGUCAGCCCAAAAAUCAGCCUUUAUUUGAGCAGAACAGAGAAUUUGUGAAGUCUUUUUCUGCUGUCAUGCCGUUCCAGCCUGGUAAUGGAGUUUUCCUUGAUUGUUGCAAUCGAUUGCUUCUAUAUCAAGUGAUGUCAGCCUGUCAGUACUACAUAUGUAGCCCUGCAUCCAAACAAGUGGUUCAGAUCCCCCGAGACAGUACACACGAGAGAUCUCGUUAUGCAGCUUUAGCUUUCCAUCCUCUUGAGUCUCCUCAUUACAGGGUUGUGCGCUUUAAUCAUUGGCCUAAUUACCCUGAAUCUGACACGGUGACUCUUGAUUUAUUUUCUUUAGAGAGUGGGAAGUGGCUUAGUCAUCUAAUGCCUAUGGAAACAACAGUUAAAGUUGAUCUAUGGAUCAAGUGCUGUGUUUAUUUGAAUGGUGUGUUAUACCGCUCAUCUCACUCAAAACAUCUUUUACAUUUUGACCUCAAUGAAAUGAAUGCUCUUGCUACUGAACUUCCAAAUAUGGGUACAGCAGAUGUCUGGGGGUUUAUUGGUGUCUCCAGAGGCUGUUUAUAUUAUUCAAAUCAGGAUGACUCAACAUUGUUUGUUUGGGCACUUGAGGUCCAACACAAAGUGAGCAGAUGGAUAUUGAAGCACACCAUCCACAUAAAUGAUUUUGUCAAAGAUUGCUCUGGUGGAAUAUGGUGUCUUAUUAAUAACAAUUCAUGGCCUAAGCCAUAAGCAUUGGAUCCAAAUUUUGAAGCCAUUUUCUUCAGGUUUACCAAUGGAGUUUUUAGGUAUAAUCCUGAGGACAAGACGUUGGAAUUGGUUUAUUCUAUGAGGCCAGACAAAGUAAUUCUCUUUGGUUAUUAUGCUCUGUUUACAUAUACACCAUCCCCGGUGAUUUUGAAAGACUUUAGGCACAUUGCAUUUUCGGCCAUGGGGUAAGUUGCACCAUUCAUCAAAAUUCAAAUUUUUUUUUCCUUUUUUGCUCGUAACUUAUAUGUUUUAUUAUUGCAAAUUUAAAAUUAAUGGCUUCAUGAUCUUGUACCGUGACCCUUUUUCCCCCUUUUAUAUAUUGUUUUAAGUUCUAGUCUUUAGUUGUUUUGUUUUCAUUUUGUAUAUAUUACAUGUUUGGAUUGUCUUAUCAAUUGUUUGUAAGAAAUAAUUGUGGUUGCA